AUGGUACAAUUAACAUCUAUCUAUCUAUCUAUCUAUCUAUCUAUCUAUCUAUCUAUCUAUCUAUCUAUCUCAGUCUAUUCUUACUCAUUUCAGUCAAUUAAUACCAUAUCUAUCUAUCUAUCUAUCUAUCUAUCUAUCUAUCUAUCUAUCUAUCUAUCUCAGUCUAUUCUUACUCAUUUCAGUCAAUUAAUACCAUACCUAUCUAUCUAUCUAUCUAUCUAUCUAUCUAUCUAUCUAUCUAUCUAUCUAUCUAUCUAUUUCCGUUCUACUUUUUCAUGUUUGCCUUUCUCUUCUUUGUCUAUUUCUAUUUUCCUUUUUGUUUUAUUCCUUGUCAUUACACCGUUUCUUUCUUUCCUUUUUCUAUUUUCUCUUUCUUCUCUUUCAUUCUUUUCUUUUCUUUUCUUUUCAAUAUUGCAUGUUCCCGUUUUACCUUUAACUUUCCUCUAUUUCUCUUCUAUCUUUCUUUCUUUCUUUCUUUCCUUCUUUCUUUCUUUCUUUCUUUCUUUCUUUCUUUCUUUCUUUCUUUCUUUUUCAAUGGUCUUCUUCUUUUUUGCUUUUCAUUAUUCCGUUUCUUUCCCCUGUCUUCUUUUGUAUUUCCUUUUAUUUUUCCUUGAACCUUUUUCUUUUUUUCUUUUUCUGUUUUUCUUUUUCUUUCUUUUCUUUCUGCAUUUUUUUACUUUUUUUGUUCCCCCACCAAUUUAUUCACCACCCCCUUUUCAAAUCCCCCUCUCUCUUCUUAUUUCAUCUCUUUCAUCUGAUUACAAGGAUUUGAUAUUAUCUAUCUAUCUAUCUAUCUAUCUAUCUAUCUAUCUAUCUAUCUAUCUAUACCGGAUCCGUGGUGCCACAUUUGACAAACGGACAAAAGAGUCGAGGACGACCAAGUCUUGGCAAGGUCGGCGUACUCAUCAAACUCAGCGAAGCGUCACGCAACAAUCUAUCUCUUUGCAUAUCUAUCUAUCUAUCUAUCUAUCUAUCUAUCUAUGA